UUCUAAACAAGCAAGAUGACGAUGGCCAGUGUUUUGAGAGUAACAUUUGCGAAGCCAAAGGGUAUAAAUUUCCGUCCGUUAACUAAAUUGUUUUCAACGGGAACGCACUCCGAGAAGACGGCAAAUUUACGCUUAGAACCCUACGAUUUCACUCAUGAAUCUAUCUUUACAGAGGAACACGCGGAGCUUCGAACAUCUCUCAACAAGCUCAUCGAGAAAGAAAUCAACCCUUAUGUUGACGAAUGGGAAAACGCAAAGAGCUUUCCCGCUCAUGAAGUGUUCAAAAAAGUUGGAUCUGCGGGAUUCUUUGGAGUAAACAAGCCCGCUAAGUAUGGUGGACUGGGACUAGACUAUUCCUUCAGUGUAGCUAUGGCAGAAGAGUUGGGAAACAUCAAAUGUGGUGCUAUUCCCAUGGCAAUAGGAGUUCAAGCAGAUAUGGUAACACCUGCCCUGAUUAGAUUUGGCUGUGAAGAACUGAAGCAACAGUUUCUGGUUCCAACCAUUGCUGGUGAUUAUGUGGCUUGCCUUGGAGUCAGUGAACCUGGCGCAGGAUCUGAUGUGGCAAGCAUAAAAACUACAGCUGUCAAAAAAGGAGGUGAUUAUGUUAUAAAUGGCAGUAAGUUAUGGAUUACAAAUGGCCUACAGGCAGAUUGGAUCUGCCUUCUAGUGAAUACCAGUGAAGGUCUUCCACAUCAAAACAAGUCUUUGAUCUGUGUUCCUCUAAAUAUGCCUGGAGUCCAGAGGGCAAGGAAUAUCAGCAAGAUUGGUAUGCACUCAUCAGAUACUGCAGAGCUGUUCUUUGAGGAUGUGAGAGUGCCACAGUCUUACAGGAUUGGUCAGGAAGGCAUGGGUUUUACUUACCAGAUGUUGCAGUUUGUUGAAGAAAGAGUUUUUGCCGGGGCAUCAGUUCUACUCUCUAUGGAGAGACUCAUAAACGAUACUGCCACAUACUGUAAGGAAAGAAAGGCAUUUGGCAAGUCCAUCUUAGAUAAUCAGUAUGUCCACUUUCGCCUGGCUGAACUUCAGACUGAAGUCGAACUGCUAAGAUCACUUGUGUACAGAAUCACAGACCUGUAUAUAAAAGGAAAAGAUGUCAACAAACUAGCAUCAAUGCUAAAACUUAAAGCUGGCCGAUUAGCACGUGAAGUGCCUGACUCGUGUCUACAGUUCUGGGGAGGAAUGGGUUUUACUACAGAUGUGGAAGUGAGCCGUGCCUACAGAGACAAUCGUCUUCUCUCUAUUGGUGGAGGAGCAGAUGAAGUCAUGCUGUCAAUCAUUUGCAAGUACAUGGGAACAUUUCCCAAAGGAGAAAAGUUUUUUUAAACAAUUUAUGUUCAAUACAGGGUUAGAACCAACCACCACCUGUGGACUACUAUAUUUUAACACUGUAAAACUUUUUGGUAAAUUAAGUUACUUAUUAAUUGUAUCUAUAACACAAUUCUCCAUCAUGAUUAGUUCUCCGCACAGCUAUUUGUCAUGUAAUUGGUGCACGAUCACAUGGGUGUAACAGGUCUUGAAUAACAACUUUUUGUAAUUGGACACCUGUAAUUGGAUACCUAGCCCAUUCGCACAUCAAUUACUUACGCUUUAAUGGCUUCCUUGUUUAUGUUUCCCGCAGGUUUUGAAACUCAUGGAAAACGCUACUGAAUUUUUUGAACAAACAAAAUGCACAAGAGACUUCCUUUAUUUCCAAAAUUUGUUAUAGACACAAUUAAUAAUUUUACCAGUAAUUGGACUUCAUGUCGUACAAUUUAGGGAGUAAUCAUGCUCAUAUCUCAAAUCGGCCUCGCGUUGCACACUCAUCCAUUUUGAAAUUUCGCACGCAAUUAUUGAAUUAUACUCCACUCAGUCCAAUUACUAUUAAUAAUGAAAGGACAAGAAUAGCUAUUAUUCAAAUUUAGUUGAGUGUUCAAGCUAGAGCUGAAUAUUGUUGAAUCGCAGUAGAGGGUCUCUCAAGCGAUGAUUUAAAAUGUAAUCAACUGUACAUAUGAUGAGAGAAGCAGUAGCCCCUCAUAGUACCCCUCGUAGUAGUUAUAAAUGAGUACCAACCCCAGGGGGGGUGGGUACUCCCAGAAAAGUUGGGUGGGGGUGUGCAGCCCACUUCCCAAAACCCUUACCUUAUUUGACCAAA